AAAUAUAUAUACAUAUGAUAAUUUAUAAUAAAAAAAUGAAAAGAGAAAAUAUAACGUUAUGAAAUUUUUCACAGACUAAUUUACCUUUAACAUAGAUACCUGAAGCUAAUCGAAAAUAGUUACCAUAUGUAUUUAUUCGUUUCUAUGGGACUGCUGAUAAUGGCCAUUAGCGUGUCGUUAUUAGAGGUGGCAAAUGGCAAAAAUGGUUCGAGAGAAUUAGUGCAAGCUACAUUUUUGUUCGCUCAAUUAUUCCACACGUUCAUUCUCACCGUUCAAGGACAAUUUGUGAUAAAUGAAUUACAAGAUGUUUAUGAAUCUAUAUACGAAUCUCCAUGGUACACUUUUUCACCUAGAAUUCGAUCGUUAUACGUGUUAUCGUUGAGAAGUUGCCUAAAUUUUCCCACGUUAACAGCCGGUGGUCUGAUCGUAUUGAAUUUACAAUCUUUCGCAGAGAUAAUCAAAGCAGCUAUUUCCUAUUAUACAGUAAUGCAAACGACGUAAUAACGAUGUAUUAUUAUGUACGUAUAUGACGAUUGGAAUAUUAUAUACAAUGGGUGUUAAUAUGUAUGUAUAAACAUCUUUGAAAUUGAUUCUAGACGUCAAAACAAUCUUUCUUAAUAUAUCUUUCCAAUAUAUUAAUGUCCCAUUCAGAAUGAAUA